AUGAGCACGAUAAACAACACGAACCCGAGAGUCGAAGGAGGAGCCAUUGCCACGAGUAUAGCAGAUACAGGGGAAAGUGCUGGUGUUGAAAAUGGUAUGGACACAGGCAUUUUUAACGUCUCUACUCGAGAGACAGGGUUGAAUAGCGUGCCAGAGCCAUCACACUCGUCAUCAGUGGAGCAGCCUUCGUCACUUACAUCCACAAUAGAGCCCAAAUCCGUACCUACGCAAUUGCCAUCUGGACCUGUAACUAACAUCACCGCUACAUCUGUGACAGCACCUGAUACUGUUACUCCUCUUUUGACUGCUACUCUUUUCUCCAUUUCGCACACCGGCUCUCUUCCAACGGGUGCUGGAGAAGGUGCGAUAGCAGGACAGACGUCAACCACAACAGCGUCAUCAUUACCGGCUGCAGCUGCUACUGUAAAUGCGUCAGAACCCUUAUCAGCCUCAUUUCUUGCUGCAUUUUCCGCUACUAUGCAAUCAUCAAUCCCGGAAGAUAGUAACUCUCCGGCGUCCCAUCAGCAACCGUACGUUGCCUUACCGGACUAUAACCAAACUCAAGCCCUGUUGCCGACUUCAGAAUCAUUUCCUCCUACUAUUGCAUCGACUACAGGAGCAACAGGAGCAACAGCAGCGGAACCCGGAUUACAACAUUCCUCAUCAUUAGAUGUAGAAUCCAUGAUGUCCCCAAAUGCUACUGUAGCAGCACCUGAGCCUGUUAAUCCAUCAAAUAUCCUUGGAGUUUUCCCUAUUUCGACCGUUUCUAGUAGCGACAGUAUAAAGAACCAUCCAUUAAUACCAGUGGCUAACUCCUUGACUUCCACAACAUCAGAACAGACAGAAGGACAGAGGAAACAAUCGAAGCCGUCUCAAUCUCCAUCACAGCCGACUACCUCUCAGCCUCCAAAAAUGACAGCCUCAGCCUUGUUUUUACAGCAGCAGUUAGCGGCGCAGCAGCAGUUAGCAGCACAAAAAACCGCCCAAAAACCAUCAGGUGCUGCGUCCACUAGAGCUUCCUCAUUACAGCGGCCGCAACAGCAAGCGUCACAAUCAGGACAACACGUACCCAUACAGGGCCUAACGGAGAAUGGAGGGACAUCUCCUCUUCCUCUUUCCGGAACGACUCCUGCUGUAGCUAUUGAAAGUGAAGGUUCUUCGAACGAUAGAGUCCCCCUGACGACUCCAACGCAACUACAGCAUGAUCUCCAACAGCUGCAGCUUCAUAACCAACGACAGGCAGCGGCGGCGGCGGCAGCAACAGCAGCGUCUGUAGGUUCUGAAGGACAAAUAGACUUGUCCAAAGCGACAGCAACACCGCCAUCAUCAUCGUCAGUUGCACCUAUGUCAGUCAUCGAUAGUGCAAUUAAGCAAUUACUGGGUACAGGGAGCACCGUCGGCGACAUUACUAAUAAUGAUCCUAAUGCCAAUACUAAUAAUCGAUCAGAAGAUGUUCUCAUGGAAGAUGUCCAUCAAUCGUUGUCGAGCUCCCACAAUCAUAAUGCAUCCACCGCAGCAUCAACAAGCAACAUCAAUCUCGGUAAUCCAACGAUUGAGAUUGGGUCCGGUGAUGGUGAAGGCAUAGGAGGAACUACUGCUGCUUCUGGAUUAAGCCAAUCAAUGAGUGAUAUCGUACCCACAACAACAGCAGCAGCAGCACCAACAGAAACAACCGUUGUGGAUGAAAGCGAUGCAAAGGCGCCUCAGAUUUUUAAGGCCACCUACUCGGGUGUGCCUGUUUUUGAAAUGAUUUGUCGUGGCAUCGCAGUCAUGCGCCGUCGAUCAGACUCUUAUCUUAAUGCAACUCAGAUCCUUAAGGUGGCAGAGUUUGAUAAGCCUCAGCGAACAAGGAUUCUUGAACGGGAGGUUCAAAAAGGUGAACAUGAGAAAGUCCAAGGAGGCUACGGAAAAUACCAAGAGUAUCAAUUCUCAAAGAUCAACAGUCCUCCUCUGGCACCAAAGCAUGUCACAGCGGCGUCGAACAAACCACGGAAACCAAGAGAGCCUCGCGGCACUGGGGGAUCCAAGGGCAAGAAGAAUAAAAAGAAUUCUGGACAACUCUUGCCCAAGCCGGGAUCGCAAGGGCCUGUUAUGGGCGUAAUUGAUGAUAGUCAUGAGGGAGGAAACAUGGCACCAUUUGAUGGAGGAGAAGAAGAGACAAGCACAUCAGAGUUGGAUGAUGACGAGGCACACAGCCGUGCAGGCAACAGGACACCAUCUCCAAUAGGGUCGCGGCCUGACUUAUCAUCAAGUGAGGUAUCUGAUGGCGAGACUCUUUCAACGGGACGUCGUCGUCGCCCAAGAUCUUCAGAUCGAUCGCCGAGAGCACGGAAGAAGCAGCAUAGCCGUCCGGGCGAUGAACUCUUUAUUGGAUACCAUGGAGGCCAGAAUAAACAGAGUGGAUACCACACACCUCGCAAAGGUCAAGACGUUGAAAUGCGUUCACCUUCGAUGCGCCAUGAAUCACCAGCUCGUCCCCAACGUGGACGCGCUGAUACUCGCAGUAAUAGUGGUACUGGUGUUGGUGCUAGUACUGGUACUGGCGGCGGACGUGAAAAUGGAAUAUGGCCAGAGGACGCAUCAAACACAACAAACGAUUCAAACCAGAGCCAUUAUGCAGAGACGCUUCUCAACUAUUUUGUAUCAGACUCGACUGCAUUGCCACCAAUUUUGACUCAUCCACCAUCGGAUCUCGACUUUGACAUCAUCAUUGAUGAAGAGGGACACACACCGCUACACUGGGCUGUGGCGAUGGCACGGACAAAGAUCGUGAAGCUACUAGUGCAGCAUGGUGCAGACAUCUACCGAGUCAAUAAUCAAGGGCAGACGGCAUUGAUGCGCUCUGUGUUAUUUACGAAUAAUUUCGAUAUGAAGACUUUCCCCUCCUUACUGGAGAUCUUGCAGAAAACUAUUUUCACGAUUGAUAAGAAUGACCAGACGGUUUUUCAUCAUGUGGCUGUUACAGCAGGCAUGAGGGGCAAGGUACAUGCAUCCCGCUACUAUAUGGAAUGUCUGCUCGAGAAGUUGGCGCAGCACCCUCAGGAACUAGCCUCAAUUAUCAAUGUGCAGGAUGUCGUAGGUGACACGGCUUUGAUCAUUGCUGCAAGAAUUGGGAACAAGAAAGUUGUAAGACUACUCAUGGAUGCGGGAGCAGAUCCCAAAAUUCGAAACAAGUCUGGUCGAAAUGCGGAUGAAUUUCUUCAAGAAGCAGAUAUGCAAUUUGGUAGCGGUAUCAGUGGAAACAAUGGUCCACACUCCUCUUCUGUGUAUCCUUCUUUACACUCAUCUCAGCUGGGGCCGCAGUCACAUCAGCAACAGCAACAGCAACAUCUAUCACAACUACAGUCGUCCCUUUCUUCGCCGUCGUUGGCUGCAGCAACAGCAGUUGCAGGAGGAGGAGUACCGAGCUCUUCAGUUCACAGUAACACCUCUCUUCAACAACCUGGACCUCAAUAUCAUCCUCACAGCAGUAGCAGUAGCAGUGGCAGUCAUCAGCACCAACGCAUGAGUCAAAACCAACAACUGCAACACCAUCCGACUGCUCAUAAUCAUUCAGGAGGUAUAGGUUCUGCAACCACGACACCCAUAUCGACCCCACGCAUGCACAGCCAUACUUUGUCGCCUAAUAUGCAUAAUCACCCCUCGCCAAAUCUUCACGGACAGCCCACAUUCGGGACAAGGUCCUUAACCCCGCCACCUUCAAGAUAUGGAGGGCCUUCAGGCCCAACAUCCAUCUUAAGCACGGAUCGACCAUCGAAUUCAGGACACCCAGAAUAUUCACCAUCUAUGAGAAAUCCAUUCCAAAUCCAGCCUCCAGUCUCGUCAUCUCCAGCACAUCCUGGGCUACAUUAUGGUCACCACUUAGACCCCAAUGCAAGACCCAGUCUCAAGUAUGAGCCGUCGUUAUUGUCGUCGUCUGGGCGAGGAUACGGAGGAGGCGGGCACAAUGAUAAUCAACAACCUUCGUUAAGCCAUGGGACACCAAUAGAGAAAAGUCACUCCUCACCCUACUUGGGAGCGAGAGAUCUAGGAAGCAGUCAUAAUAGUCAUCAUAAUGGAGCCUCCAGCAGCAGCAGCCGAUCUUCUCAAAAAAUGAUUCCAGCAGUGACUGAACUGUUUGAGCAGCUGACACAGUCCUACGAAAAGGAUCUAUAUGAGAAGGAACAAGAUCUAUUAGAUGCUCGUAAUCUGCUGCAAUCGAUCCAAAGUGAGAUCCAGGAAGGGCAGCGGAGUAUUGAGGAGCUGCGAUCUAAGACUAUGUAUUUGGGUCAAGCAGAAGAUCAAAUUCGCACGUUGGAAGGUAUGAUCCGACAGGAGAUUAAUUUGCGUCAACGCUUGAGGUUGGAGAAGCUAAUUACGCAAGAAGAGACACGACUAAAACAAGAAAUGGAGCUGGAGAAAGAGAAGGAAAAGGAGAAAUCCACACCAGCAGCAGCAGUCGGAACAGAAUCUACUCCAUCUACAAAAACCGCUGCCGGUGGUGUUGAUAUGGAGAAAGUCCUAGCAUUAGAGAAGGAAGCAUCAGAGUUGAGGCUGAGCCUAGCAGGAAUGCAACAGAAACGAAAAGAUCAAGUAGAACAAAUUAUACAACUCAAGAGUCAACAAGGCAAGAGACGCCACGAAUACAAGCGUUUGAUUGCAUUGUGUUGCAAUGUAUCGAUUGACGAAGUCGACGGCCUGUUGGGUCCACUUUUGAAUACUCUUGGAAGUGAAGAUGGCAUUGUGUGA